GUUUAGUUUACAUGACUAUCUCGCGGAGUUGCCAGUUUCUAGUUAUUUUUGUAGUUACAUUUUGUUUGUGUAUUCAAGAGACUAAAAACAAUGACAAAGAAGAUCUCUCCGGAGAUUUUCAGAACUUUGUCAAGGACAUGGAAUCAAAAGUGUUCAAAGAGAAUUUCAAUGCGAAAAACGACUCAAAGAAGACUGUCCAGUACGCUACAACUAGCCCAAAUAUAUACAAGAAAUCUAAUUUUCUUGACUCACAAAAGGCGGCUUUCAGAGACGUGCUAAUGAUGAAACUGGUAUCUUACUACGAAGAUAAAUAUAAACUCUCUUUUCACGAGACGUCGCCGUCGCCAUCGAUAGUAAAAGUAUACAAAAGACCAAAAAUACAACACAUAAUGUCCGAUAACGUCAAAUCAGAAGAUAUACUGAAUGAUAUACAAGAUAGAGCAUCAGCAGAAGUUGUAGUAAUAUGAUGUACCUAUUCAAUGUAUAAGAACGCAAUCAUUUUCUAUUUUAUUAUUUUUAAUUUUAUGUAUCAAUUGUAAU